AGAAACACUGAGCAGUUUUAUUUCUGUUUUUUUUUUUUACCGGAUUAAACUCCCAUAAAACGCCUCGGUGUGACCGUCCGGCUGCCGGAGAUCAUAUCGCGGGGCUGGCGACAGUUUCUGCUGCGUCACGUUACCGGUGUUUUGGCGAGUGAUUGGGCAGCUAGCGUUAGCAAACAGCAGGAAGCUCACUAACAGAAAGUCUGUUAGUGAAGUUUUUCGGAGUUUUUUACACAGAGAUCCAGAAAUAAACAAUUUAUACUAUAUAACUAUAUAUUUAUAACUGGCAGCGGAGGAAUACACAGGAGCUGAGGCGGUGUUACCUCUAGGUAUCCAAUGACAGCUCUCCGAUCAUGUCCGCGGGCGGGGCUCCACACAGAGCGGACUAAUGAGGAGGAGGCAGAGCCAUGACGGGCGAGGAGACGAGGGGGGGUCGGCGGUGGCAGGGGAGCAGAGCGUGGCGGUGGGGGGCGUGCCACGUCUUGCCGUCUUCCUGUUCCCCUCAGAGAUGGUGUUCUACGCCGAGCAGAGGAGCUCCCAUAGGAGGGUGCUGACCCUCUACAACCCCUACAACUUCAGCCUCAGCUUCAAGAUGUGGUGCACGGCGCCCUCGUUCUACAGGGUGGUGGAGGCAGAGGGCAACAUCCGGGCCAAGUCCUGCGUCGACCUGGUCGUGCGUCACCUGGACGUCUCCCCCAGACACUGGGGCCGCAGGGACCGGUUCCGCAUGGAGGUGAGAGGCGGAGGCCAGGUGGGACGACGGGAGAUUUGGGCGGAGCUUAGAGGAGGACAAGAGGAAGAGGAGCAAAGAGGAGGUCAACAAAGGGCGCUGCCCCAUCCUACUUCUCAGCUCCUGCCCACACAGGCACACCUGCCUGCCUGCACAGCUGUGCGCAGCGCGUCUCAGUGGGCGGUGUGUGUGGCUGUGGCGGUGCUGUGUGUCACAGUGUUGAUGCUCCCCCUGCACACUGACAGCAACUCGCUGGUUCCACGCUGGCUGCACGUCUCCACCAAUCAG